AUGUCUAUAGAACCCCUGUUUUGCCUGCAAUCCAAUACAUCACCACUGCUCACAAUAGACUUAGAGGGAGUCACAGGCACUCAAACAGCCCUAAUUGAUUCUGGUUCUUCUGCUAACUUCAUUGAUCCCCAAUUUGCCCAUUCUCACAACAUUCCACUCAUUGAAUUGGACUCCCCACACUCUGUCAUUGGCAUUAAUGGCAAAGAAGUCUGCAACCCUAUCCGCUUCAAGGCCCAGUUAGUCUUUAGCUCUCAAAACAGGCAAUUCUCUGCCAUCUUCUAUGCUCUUCCCCUUGGAAACAGAAACCUUAUCUGUGGAACCCCCUGGCUCAAAUUGGCUAACCUGGACAUUGAUUGGACCACCAUGAAAGUCUCACUCUGCCUAGCUACAGAAGCACAAACUGGCAGCAUCAACCCUGAGCCUCAGAAUCUCCCUGUUGAGUUUCAGGAACUCCAGAAAGUGUUCAGUGAAGAGUUCUUUACCACACUACCAGAACAUUGCCCUUAUGACAUUUCUAUUGACCUGGAAGAGGACAAAUAA